AUGGCUCCUGAAAUUAUAAGUAAUGUAAAUUAUGAUGGUACUAAAGCAGAUAUAUGGUCAUUUUCUGUUACAAUGCAUAUAAUGGCAACUCAUUAUCUACCUUUUGAAUAUGAAAGCGAGGCCCAAUUUAUACGUGACAUCAAAGCUAAAAGUAUUAAAAUCAAUAUCAGAGCAAGUGGGAUUAUUGGUUGGAUUGUAAAAAAUGGAAUGCAAUUCGAGCCAGCUGACCGUAUUUCUGCAGCUGAUAUGUUAGAAUACAUCAGAGGUAGAUCAUCUGGUAAUAAAAUUGGAAUGCCGGAAGUCCGAUAUGUGAGAAGGGCAAAUACAAUGGGACAGCUGGCUAAGCUAACUAUCCCAACCAAUUCACCUUUUAAGAUCAGAACACGUGUAGCCCUUGAUAAUACAACGCUAAAAACUAAUCGAGAUAAACCAGCAGUUAGAUUUGAAAAACAAAUAAAUUAA